AUGGAAUUCGAAUUGGCAAAUUUUGAAGAAAAUGAUAAUCUAAAUUGCAACAGCGACAUGAAAAGGAAAGAAGAGCAAAUGCAGACCUCAAAACAACAGAUUAAAAACUCCAACAUAGAGACGUUGGCUAAACGGUUAAAGAGAAUAAAAAAUAAAAAUUCAACAUAUGCUCGGUUUGACGAUUUAAAAGAAUUCAAACUGGAAGAAAAUGAUAUCGUCGAACAGGAAAAUGUACAAGAGAUGAAAAAUAUCUUACAUGCACCCUUUUACUGCCGAUUUAUUGCAAACUUCCCAAUAUUAGCAUUUUUGUUGUCAUCGACAAUUCACGUUUUUGCCAUAGUUACGACAGUGUCUCUCGUUGUGGCAGAGAAAAAUGUUUUCCCUGUGGAUUUUGAGACGGUCCCCCUUGUCCUGUAUGACGACAGCACUAGAAAGCAGGAUCUGGCAUGGAGGAGCCGUGACGACUACCCCAGGAAAAUAUACAGGCCUUUGUUCGACCCACAAUUUCCGUUAUGGCUUGAAGGGCAGGUCAGGGAUACGGUAGAAGUCAUCUUACAAGUCGACAAUGGAGAAAUAUUCAGUAAAAACAAUCUCAUUUUAAUCCAAUAUACUGAAAAUUUAAUGUACAAUAUCACUUACUCAACCUAUUGUCAGAAAGAUGAGGAUUUUCAGUGUGUAAAACCGAAGUCAAUAAUUCGGCUUUUUGAUGGUACAUAUUUAAACUUAAAUUCUAGUUUUACUGAUUUGGAAUUUAACAAUCCAAAACAUGUAUUAUGUUGUGCUAUGAAAUUUAAUGAAACCAAAGAGUAUAUUGAAUAUUUCCUUCCGAAAGAUUACGACCCUUGUCAGCCAGGAAGUGUCGCUUCUAUUACUAGAUUAUUAAUUACAAUCUGUGAUCUGUUUAAUUUAGAGAGUGAAGACCAAAUUCGUGAUUUCUUAAUUCAUGAAGUGAAACCUAAUCUAAUAGACAUUCGUAAUAAUGUUAUCGGGGACAAAAUGUAUAUGUACUUCACAAGCAAAAUGAUAUAUCAAAGUGAAGCCCUACAGCAAACAUAUGAUGACGUGAUAUUUGCAAUUGGGAGUUUUUUGUUCAUUUUUCUUGUUAUGUGGAUUCAAACUAAAUCGUUCUUUAUAACGUCGUUUGGAAUAUAUAGUAUUUUAACAAGCUUUUUACUUGCAAAUUUGAUAUAUCGAUUUAUACUUAGUUAUGAAUAUUUUGGUUUUUUACACAUAGUUUCCAUAUUUAUAAUUCUUGGUAUCGGUGCAGAUGACGUGUUCGUGUUCUACGAUUCUUGGCGCCUCACUGGCAAAGAUACUAACCUUUUGACAGCUCAUCGCCUGGCUGAAUUUUACAACAGAGCUGCUAAAACUACUUUUGUGACGUCACUGACAACAAUGGCGGCUUUUCUGGUCAGUGGAACUUCCCCGCUUCUACCCAUAAGAUCUUUUGGCCUCUUCACAGGUAUCUUAGUUGGUGUCAACUAUGUAUGCGAUUUAGUGUUUUUUCCAACCGCCAUUGUUCUAUAUUCCGAAAAAAUUAGACCCAAAACUAUCAAAGUCAAAGGGUGGUUUUUUGAAAGAUUUGGUUGUUGUGUGAGACGCAUGAGACGUGUUUUGUGUGAAAAAUGUACACAACUCCCUCAAGAAAAGGCAUCUGGAUUAUCCGUCAUCUUGAUUCCGUUCUCCUUGAAUACGAAGACAGAAGAAGAUGCAAUUCCAGAUAUGUUACCAGAGUUUGAUAACUUGGAGGAUUCGAAAGAAGGACUACACCAACUUUUUGAACAAAAACAGUUAACUAACUGCAUACACACUAGCAAAGAAUGUGACGACUGGGGGAUAAUAAUUCAGUUUCUGCGACUCAGAUUCUUUACCUUUAUGAACCUAAGACCUCUCCGUAUAAUCAUACCCGUGUUGUUUUUUGGAAUUUCGUCGUUUUUCAUUUAUAACGCAACCAAACUGGAGCUUGACAGUAACCGAGUAAAAAUAUUCCGACCCUCGCACAAUCAAGGAAAGGCAACACUACAUCAUUACUACACAUUCCAAAGAAAUUUUAGGGAGGAGCAUACAAGCGUAUAUUUAGUAUGGGGACUGUUGGCGAGAGACAUGAGUGAAUGUAGCCGCAAAAAAUCCGGUUUUUGUCGAGGAAAAAUGGUUUGGGAUGAUAAAUUUGACCCUUCGUCAGCAGAAGCUCAGGUGGCUAUCUAUGAUUUGUGCCAACGUUUGGAAAAUGGCGCCGAACCAAAAAUGACUCAUCUGAGAAUAAAAACAAAUAUCAUCACUGGAAAACCAGAAGUCAGUUGCUAUCUGACAACCAUGGAACUCUUUCUUCAAAAAGAUCUAUUAGAAGCUAGGGAAAGGUAUCCAUCGGAUCUAAAUGUCAGUAUCCCACUAGAUAAGGCCAAAAUGACAAAGUUUAUGAAUUCCAACAGUCAAAUAUACAAUACCUCACACUUUUUUCCAGAGGACUUUGAUAGAUGGUUGGAGAUAGGGUUGGAAUACUGGAUAACUAAUAAGUAUACAGGAGAGACCAUUCAAAACUUUAUUAUGUUCGACCACCUGAUUGGCGAUGAAUACAUAAUUGGAGAAACAGAUAUUGUUCGCGACACACAAGAAGAACCAUUUAUGUUCAUGUUUUAUGGCACAAAACUUCGAUAUUUUGGAAUUCAAGUUAAUCUAUCCGUUAAUGUUAACAACCUGGGAUACAGUGAAGGAAGCUCGAUUUAUCAAGCAUGGGAACAGCUAAUUACCGAUGAAAAAGAUAAAAUGCCAGCAUCCUUGAAAAAUGGUUUUCAAUGCACAAGAAAUACAUGGCACUGGAUACGAGUCCAAGAGAUGCUGUCAGAUUCGGCAAUACAAGGGAUAAUCAUUGGUUUGUCCUUGGCCCUUCUUGUUCUUAUUCUGACUACGAUGAACUUCAUCAUCGGGUUUCUAGCGUGGAUCGUUAUACUGCUUGUAACAGUAUGUGUUGUGGGAUCGAUACCCCUGCAAAGUUUAAAAUUAGGGAUGGUCGAGUCUAUUAAUUUGUGCAUGGUGGUAGGACUUGCUGUAGAUUAUGUCGUUCAUUUGGCUGAAGCCUACAACAUGUCGCCAUUCGAAAAGCGACAGGACAAAACACGUGACAUGCUAGGAAAGAUGGGAUUUUCUGUCAUUUCCGGUGCAUUAACCACAUUUGGAGCAUUUGUUUUUAUGAUAGGAGCUCAAAUUCAGUUUAUCUAUGAAUUUGGAAAAUUUGUUAUGAUAACUGCAAGCAUGUCUCUGCUUUUCUCACUGUUUGUCUUUACUUCUCUUAUGUUGAAUUUUGGACCUGAAGGCGAUACUGGUUCUAUUAAGGCAUUGUGUCGGAAUUUCUAUCAAAGUAAGCCAAGUGCUCCUGUAUAG